GACCUGUCAGCAUCCGGAAACCGCGUCAGUACAUUACAUCUUUGUAGAGCGACAAGAAAAAUACAUCAAGUCCGCUUAUAAGCAAUACCCAUCAUGCCUGAAAUUGCUGAAGUUGCCCGGAUUGUCCAUUAUCUACGCCUGCACUUGGUGGGGAAAACCAUCAAGAGUGCAACGGCAAUAGAAGACAGCAAUGUUUUUGGAAAAGUCGGAACUACCGGCCCAGAGGUGGCUGCGGCAUUGACUGGGAAGAAGGUCCUUUCGGCGGGAACUCAAGGGAAAUACUUUUGGCUCGUUCUCGACAAACCGCCGCAUCCCGUAAUGCACUUUGGCAUGACCGCAGGCUGGAUCCAUAUCAAGGGAGACCGCACGGCCUACACCAACUACUACAAGAAGAUGAAGCCGGAAGAGAUAGAUAUGUGGCCGCCUAAGUAUUGGAAAUUCCAACUAAAGACCGAAGAUCCGGCAGUUGAGGUGGCUUUUACCGAUCCUCGGCGCUUUGGGCGCGUCCGUCUAGUGAAUUGCCCUGGCGGCGACAUCAGAAAAUACUCACCGCUGGUCGAGAAUGGGCCGGAUCCGGUUGUGGAUACCGACAUCUUCACCGAAGACUUCUUGAAGGAAAAGAUGUACUCCCGUCAUGUACCCAUCAAGGCCCUCCUUCUCGACCAGGCCGUUAUCAGUGGGAUAGGGAACUGGGUUGGUGAUGAAGUUCUAUUCCAGGCCGGGCUCCAUCCUGAACAGUACUGCGACGAUUUUAGCGACGAGCAGAUCAAAAAGCUCUACGAAUCCAUCCGCCACGUCUGCCAAUUCGCCGUUGACAAGCUCGGAGAUUCAGACCAGUUUCCCGAAGAUUGGCUAUUCCAUUACCGGUGGAGCAAAGGUGCAAAGGGGGGCGCUCACGGUCACCUGCCCAGUGGCGAACGGUUGGCUUUUCUGACCGUUGGUGGGAGAACGAGCUGUUACGCGCCGGACCGCCAAAAGAAGAGCGGCCGAGUUGUGCCAGGGGUAAAAGAGGAGCUCAUCGAGUCCGAUCCUGAGGAGUCGAAACCGAAAAAGACGGCUAAGUCAAAGGUUGCGAAGGGCGAAGAAGGCCAGGCUCAGACCAAGACAAAGAGGAAGGCUGAAGAGGAUGAGAAGCCCGCAAAGAGAAGCAAGGCUGCGCCGAAACAGCAGCUAGCAGCACGCUCGAAGACUAGCAAGACAGAGAAGCCACUGGUGGAAUCCACUGAGGUGGACUCUGGCAGGCGGCGUUCAGGGAGGUUGCAAGGGAAAACCGGCUGA